AUUCUCUAAGAUGACGGAGGCGGCUUAUGGUAGAAAAAUUAACAUUCAGUUAUUCACGUAAUAAGGAAUUCUCCUUGACCACACCCACAAACUGGGGAAAACAAACAUUCUUUCCUUUUGACCCCCAGUGUAAAAGAGKCAACUUUGUUGUCGAUUUGUUGUUAUAAAGAAAUAACAAAACAUGCCGAAAAGCCGCUGUGUUGUUCAAUGUACAUGUAACCAGGUCAAACAUCCUGACCUAUGGUUUGCAAUGUUCCCACUUUGGGAAAUAGGCUACCACAGUAGCUAUGUGUGUGGAAAACAUUUCACCUCAGAAAAUCCAUUUAACCUUGUUUAGUAUAGUCAGUUUGUAACUCCACUUACUACUUAUAGUUGUGUAGUUAAAUUGUUUUUGUUAGCUUAAUGUUCCAGUUGGUAGCUAAUUAGCUAGCACUCAUGUGGCGGCUGGCACCCUCAUGAAAAGGGAAUUUUUUAUGUUUUUAUUUAACCCUUAUUUCCUGGCAUGAGGGAGCCCUACAAUAGUAUGUUUUUCUAAGUAAUGAGAACGCACGGGAGCAGUCAACGAUGAAAAGUAAUCUUUAGAUAUGUUGUACUUUUCUUUAAAUACAGUUUAGCAAUUGACAAAAAUAAGCAGACAAGAAAAUUGCGUUUGAAAAAGAUCAAGUUUGUGCUGUGAGGCAAUGGGGUAACCACGGGUUAUUUUCCCUUACAGACGGCCUGGGCCGUGACAUUCUAUGUAAUACCAACUGGGACUAUGGCGCUGCCAUGCUAAAACUUGCUUUUGGGCACAAGAGUCAUCUAUCUGUGCUGAGUCCUCUAUAUAGCUCUAUGGGCGCGGCGUCUGUCUCCAUGGUAAACAAACAUGGCGGUGUCUGGAAAACAUACAAUUUUGUCCUCCACACCACUGCAGGUCCUGUUCUACCUCAACGGCUGGUAUUUUGCUGCCUACUUCCUUGCUGAGGGUCUGAUGUUUGUUUACAAAGGAUUGUUGUUACCAUACCCACCAGCUAGUCUCACGUUGGACGUUGGGCUACUACUUGUUUUCCUUGGCCUGGAGUCCCUCCGAAUAUUUUACGGUUGGAAGGGGAACUUAACAGAGCGUUCUCUGGCCAUGUUAGUGAGUGUGCUGGUCCUGGUGCCGUGCACAGUGCUGUCUGUGUACUACCUGAUGCUGCAGACCUUCGUCCUGCGCCUGGAGUUCAUCCUUAAUGCUGUGUUACUCUGCUUCUACAGUCUGGAGAUGCUGCUGGGAAUCAUGUCCAUAUCUGCAUUCUCCAGGUCAAAGGUGUACUAAGGAAGAGGAACGCUGCAAUGUUCCACAUCGUUUCAAGAGGAAUGAAAAAAUGAUUUUUACUGGGAUUGUUCUGUGAACAUAUUUUAAUCCCACAUGAUAUUAUUUGUGUUUUUAUAUGAUCUGUUAAUAGCCUAAUUUAUAUUUUUGUAAUGAUGAAAUGUCACCUUUUUAAAUUUGUUUUUGUGUCAACUGUCAAUCUUCUGUGUUACUAGUAACACUAAUGGAAUUGUCAAUGAGGGUAUUCAAUCUGCUGUACUUGAUAAUGUAAUAUAUUUGUAGGUUUUUUGUGGGGGGGGGGAACACUGUAUUUAACGAUUUACUUAAUUAAAACAAAUCCUUAUUCAU